AUGCCUCAAGGAACAGACCAAUCCCACGCCGUAGGCGACAGCAUCGUGCCCCAGACACUCCAAGAGAAGCUGCCCCAGAAGGUCGAAGAGGUAGUCCCCAACGCCAUCCACGACACCGGCGCCACCGGAGCGGAGAGUCAUGCGACGGGCGACAGCGCAGUGCCCAAGGUAGCGCAGGAGGCGGUGCCGAAGAAGGCCGAGGAAGUGUUGCCUGAGAAGGUGCAUCCGACGGCUUAG